UUUGAUCAAGCAUCUCCGGCUGGCCGAGGGCUUCCUCCACGGUGGUCGCGUGGUCUCCUUAGCCAGUACAGAGAUUGACCGUUUUUAUGAUACCGCAUAACUGCCGUGAUUAGAUAUCUCGCGUCGGAUCCUUCUCAAUACAGAGACCAAUUGAGGAGACAUCGACUACUUGGUUCAACUAUGCCUGCGAAUACAGGCGGCGAAAGGCUCCGCUUGUAAUUCGCUCUCCGGUUCCAGUGUCAUCAUCAACCGAUUGAAACGUUUAUUUUGGGAUAAUACAAAUAUCCAUAUCUGGACUUGGGGGUGAAGGAGGUCCAGGGGCAGCCGGCGCGAUGGCCGAUGCCUCCACAGACCUGGACAAUGCAGAGACCCAGCGCCAGCUCCACAACAACAACCGCCCCGCCAGCUCGGCCCACUGGGACACCGAGUGCACCAGCUCCAAGCUGUUUGAGUGCUCCCGCAUCAAGGCCCUGGCAGAGGAGCGAGAUGCUGUCCAGAAGAAGACUUUCACCAAGUGGGUCAACUCCCACCUGGCCCGGGUGUCCUGUCGCAUCGCCGACCUCUACAACGACCUGCGCGAUGGCUACAUGCUAACCAGGCUGCUGGAGGUCCUGUCUGGAGAGCUGCUGCCGAGGCCAACCCGGGGUCGCAUGAGGAUCCACUGCCUGGAGAACGUGGACAAGGCCCUCCAGUUUCUCAAGGAGCAGCGGGUUCACCUGGAGAACGUCGGUUCCCACGACAUCGUCGACGGCAACCACCGCCUCACCCUCGGCCUUAUCUGGACCAUCAUCCUCCGCUUCCAGAUCCAGGUGAUCAAGAUAGAGACGGAGGACAACAGAGAGACUCGCUCGGCCAAGGAUGCCCUGCUGCUCUGGUGCCAGAUGAAGACUGCAGGGUACCCUGAGGUCAACAUCCAGAACUUCACCACCUGCUGGAGGGAUGGCCUGGCUUUCAAUGCUCUCAUACACAGACACAGACCUGACCUAAUAGAAUUCCACAAGCUGGCCCGGUCCAAUGCCACCCACAACCUCCAACAAGCCUUCAACAUCGCAGAGCAUAACCUCGGCCUUACCAAGCUACUGGACCCAGAGGACGUCAACACUGAGAACCCCGAUGAGAAGUCCAUCAUCACCUACGUGGUCUCCUACUACCACUACUUCUCCAAGAUGAAGGCCCUCAUUGUGGAGGGCAAGAGAGUAGGCAAGGUGUUGGAAAACGCGAUCGAGGCUGAGAAGAUCAUCGAGCGCUACGAGGGCUUAGCGUCUGACCUGCUGGAGUGGAUAGAAAAGACCAUCGCUGUCAUCAGCAACCAGAAGUUCGCCAACUCACUAACGGGGGUCCAGCAGCAGCUGCAGGCCUUCACCACUUACUGCACCAUCGAGAAGCCCAUCAAGUUCCAGGAGAAGGGUAACCUGGAGGUCCUCCUCUUCACCAUCCAAAGCAAGCUGCGGGCAAACAACCAGAAGCUCUACGUUCCUCAUGAAGGGAAGCUCAUCUCCGACAUCAACAAGGCGUGGGAGAGGCUGGAGAAGGCGGAGCACGAGCGGGGCGUGGCUCUACGGCAGGAGCUGAUUCGUCAGGAGAAGCUGGAGCUGCUGGCCCAGAGGUUUGACCACAAGACCACGAUGAGGCAGGCCUGGCUGAAUGAGAACCAGCGCCUGGUGUCUCAGGACAACUUCGGCUACGACCUGCCGGCAGUGGAGGCGGCCAUGAAGAAGCACGAGGCCAUCGAGGCGGACAUCUCGUCGUACGAGGAGCGCAUCGGCGUGGUGGUGGAGCUGGCGGCCGAGAUGGAGGCGGAGGCCUACUACGACAUUCGGAGGAUCUCCGCCCGCAAGGAGAACAUCCUUGGCCAGUGGAGUCUGCUGAAGGAUCUGGUGGUGGGUAGGAGGACCAGGCUGGAGAAGAACCUAGCCCUGCAGAAGACCUUCCAGGAGAUGGUCUACAUGAUUGAUUGGAUGGAGGACACGCAGGUGCAGCUGUUGUCUAAGGACUUUGGGAAGCACCUGCUGGAGGUGGACGACCUGCUGCAGAAACACAGCCUGCAGGAGGCCGACAUCGCCGUGCAAGCGGAGAGGGUCCAGACGCUCAACGCCGCCGCUCUCAAGUUCUCCACCAUCGAGGGGUACCAGCCGUGCGACCCCCAGGUGAUCUGUAACCGCGUAAACCACGUCUCCACCUGCCUGGAGGAGCUGAAGGAGCUGGCGUCCAAGCGACACGAGGAGCUGGAGGAGUCCCGGCAGCUGUGGGCCUUCUACCAGGAGGUGGAGGAGUCGGAGGCCUGGAUCCGAGAGAAGAGCUCCAUCCUGGGCUCCCAGACCUGCGGCAAGGACCUGAGCUCCGUCCUCCGGCUGCUGCAGAAGCACAAGUCCCUGGCCGGGGAGCUGCUGGCGCACCGCUCCCUCCUCCAGAACACCAUGAAGAAGGGCAAGCAGAUCCUCAGCGAGAAGAGCUUCGGCACCCAGGGCAUCCAGGAGCGGAUCAUGGAGGUGAAGGGGGAGUGGAAGCGCCUGGAGGACCAGGCGGCGCAGCGCCUCAACCACCUCCAGGAGGCGCUCCACUUCUUCCAGUUCAGCACGGAGACCGACGACCUCCUGGCCUGGCUACAGGACGCGUACCGCCUCGUCUCCAGCGAGGACUUUGGCCACGACGAGUACUCCACGCAGUCGCUCCUCAAGAAGCACCGCGGCGUGCGCGACGCCAUCGACAAACACCGGCUCCACGUGGUCGCGCUCAGGAAGCACAUGGUGGCGCUGCCGCUGGUGUUCCGGGAGCUGGAGGAGGUGCAGGGGCGCAUGGGCGACGUGGAGCAGCUGUACUCCGAGGUGGCUGACGUGGCGGUGCUCCGGCAGCAGUGGCUCCACGACGCGCUGGCCGUGUACCGCAUGUUCAGCGAGGUCAACGCCUGCGAGGUGUGGAUCGACGAGAAGGAGCAGUGGCUCAACCAGAUGGAGGUGCCCGAGAGGCUGGAGGACGUGGAGGUGGUCGCUCACAGAUUUGAGAGCCUGGACCAGGAGAUGAACAGCCUGAUGGGUAGGAUCCUGGACGUGAACCAGAUCGUGCAGCAGCUUCUGGACGGAGGUCACCCCAGCUCCACAGAGGUCAGAGGUUGCCAGGACCACCUCAACAGCAGGUGGAACUGCAUCGUGGAGAUGGUGGAGCAGAAGAAAGACCACCUGGACUCCAUCCUGCGCCUGCAGAACUACCUGCUGGAGUGUACCGAGAUCAAGUCCCAGAUCCAGGACAAGCGCAAGGCCAUCGACGCCACCCAGUACGUGGGCAGCGACCUGGGUGGCGUGCUGGCCCUCCAGCGCCGCCUCUCCACCAUGGAGGGAGCCUUGGCCGUCCUUGAGCCCAAGCUUGUGCACCUGCAGGGGGAGGCGGAGCAGCUGGCCACCUCCCACCCCGACCGCGCCCUCGAGGUCCUAGUGCCCUUCGAGGGCAUCAGUGUGGAGUGGGAGGAAUUGAAGAGGACGCUGCAGGGCUGCGAAGACUCUCUGAUGGUGGCCGGCAGACUGCAGCAGUUCAUACAGGACCUGGACUCGUUCCUGACGUGGCUGGUGCAGACCCAGAUGGCGGCGGCGUCCGACGAGCUCCCCAACGCCCUGGAGGAGGCGGAGCGCCUCAUCAACCUCCACGCGGCGCUGAAGGAGGAGAUCGGCCGCUACGAGGAGGACUACGAGCGCCUGCAGGCCGUCAACGAGCUGCUGGAGACGGAGGAGGCGCCGCUGCCGUACGCCGCGCUGCAGCAGUGGCUGCAGAAGCUGGACGUGGGCUGGAACAAGCUGCUGGAGAUGUGGGAGAGCCGCAGGGAGGUGCUGGUCCAGGCGCACAUCUUCCACCUGUUCCUGCGCGACGUCAAACAGGCCGAGGCCUUCCUCAACAACCAGGAGUCAGCCCUAGCCCACGUGGAGCUCCCCACCACGGUGGAGACGGUGGAGGCGGCCAUCAAGAAGCACAAGGACUUCACCACCACCAUGGAGCUCAACCUGCACCGCAUCAAGGCCGUGAUCGAGGCUGGGGAGAGCCUGAUCAGCCAGAGCAACAUCUACUCAGACCGCAUCAAGGAGCGGGUCGACACGCUGGCUAAGAGGGGUCACCAGAACCGGGAGCAAGCUCAACAGUGGCUGGAGAAACUCAACGGCCAGUGGGGUCUCCAGAGGUUCCUCCAGGACUGCCACGAGCUGGGAGACUGGGUGUCUGAGAAGAUGCUGAUGGCUGGAGACGGCAGCAGAGAUGAGACCCAGAAGCUGCAUAAGAAGUGGCUCAAACACCAGGCCUUCAUGGCCGAGCUGGCCCAGAACAAGGAAUGGCUGGACAAGAUUGAGAGGGAGGGCCUGCAGCUGAUGCAGGAGAAGCCUGAGCUGAGCCCAGUGGUCAGGAGGAAGCUGGGGGAGAUCCGGGAGUGCUGGCAGGACCUGGAGAGCACCACCCAGGCCAAGGCCCGCCAGCUGUUCGAGGCCAACCGGGCCGACCUCCUGGUCCAGAGCUACUCCAGUCUGGACCACCGGCUGGGCCAGCUCGAGGGUCAGCUAUGCUACGUGGACCCGGGCCAGGAUCUGACCAGCGUCAACAAGCAACUCAAGAAACUUCAGACCAUGGAGAGCCAGAUGGAGGCGUGGUACCACGAGGUGGGGGACCUCCAGGUGCAGACGGCCUCCAUGCCCCAGCAGGGCCAGAUCCGGGACACGGUGGAGGAGCGGCAGGUUGCCGUGGAGACGCGCAUGGUGCGGCUGAUCGAGCCUCUGAAGGAGCGCCGGAGGAUCCUGCUGGCCUCGAAGGAGGUGCACCAGGUCGGACGAGACCUGGAGGACGAGAUCCUGUGGGUGCAGGAGCGCCUCCCCAUGGCCACGUCCCAGGAGCACGGCUCGAGCCUGCAGGCUGUCCAGCAGCACAUGAAGAAGAACCAGAGCCUCCAGAGGGAGCUGGAGGGCCACCGGGGCCACGUGGAGGAGGUGCUGGAGCGGGCGGGCCUGGUGGCGUCCAUGCGCAGCCCCGAGGCGGACUGCGUGCGGGCGGGGCUGGAGCAGCUGGCGUACGUGUGGGCCCUGCUGUGGGCGGAGACGGAGCGGCGGCAGCUGCUGCUGGACGCCACCUACCAGGCCCAGCAGUACUACUACGACAUGGCCGAGGUGGAGGCCUGGCUCAGCGAGCAGGAGCUGCACAUGAUGAACGAGGAGAAGGGCAAGGACGAGCCCAGCACCCUGCAGCUGCUGAAGAAGCACCUGGUCCUGGAGCAGACCAUCGAGGACUACGCUGAGACCAUCGGCCUGCUGUCCCAGCAGUGCAGACAGCUGCUGGAGAUGGGACACCCCGACAGCGAGCAGAUCAGCAGGCGCCAGUCCCAGGUGGACCGUCUGUACGUGUCCCUGAAGGACCUGGUGGAGGAGAGGAAGUCCCGGCUGGAGCAGCAGUACUGGCUGUACCAGCUGAGCCGCGAGGUGGCCGAGCUGGAGCAGUGGAUCGCCGAGAGGGAGGUGGUGGCCAGCUCCCCAGAGCUGGGCCAGGACUACGAGCACGUCACGAUUCUGCAGGAGAAGUUCACCGAGUUUGCCUCGGAGACCAGCGGCGUGGGCCAGGAGCGCGUGACGGCCAUCAACCAGAUGGUGGACGAGCUGAUCGACUACGGCCACGCCGACGCCGCCACCAUCGCCGAGUGGAAGGACGGCGUGAACGAGGCGUGGGCCGACCUUCUGGAGCUGAUGGAGACGCGGGGACAGAUGCUGGCCGCCUCACACCAGCUGCACAAGUUCUUCUCAGACUGCAGAGAGGUCCUGGCUCAGAUCGAUGACAAGCAGCGUCGUCUCCCGGAGGUGCGAGCACGCCAGGGGGGCACGCCCAACACCAGCACGCUGCAGAGGCUCAUGCACAGCUUCGAGCACGACAUCCAGCUGCUCGUCACCCAGGUGCGGCAGCUUCAGGAGAGUGCCGCCCAGCUGAGGACGGUCUAUGCCGGGGAGAAGGCCGAGGCCAUCGCGGGCCGCGAGCAGGAAGUGAUGCGCUCCUGGAAGGAACUGCUGACUUCCUGCGAGGAGUGCCGUGUGCAGAUUACCACGGCGACGGACAAGCUGCGGUUCUUCGGCGUGGUGCGCGACCAGAUCAUGUGGAUGGACAGCAUCAUCUGUCAGAUAGGAACCGGGGAGAAACCCAGCGCGCUGCCCCGAGAGCUAACCUCGUCCUGUGGGCUGUCUGGUCCUUUCAGGGACGUGUCGUCUGUGGAGGUGCUGAUGAACUACCACCAGAGCCUGAAGAGCGAGGUGGAGGCACGCAGUCGCAGCGUGCUGCAGUGUAUCGAGAUGGGCAAGACUCUGCUUGCCGCCCGCAACCCCGCCGCCGAGGAGAUCAAGGAGAAGCUGGACAAGGUGGUUGCUAAGCAACAUGAGCUGUCGGAGAAGUGGGACAAGCACUGGGAGCUGUUGCAGCACAUGUUGGAGGUGCACCAGUUUGCCCAGGAGGCGGUGGUGGCUGAGGCGUGGCUGACAGCCCAGGAGCCCUUCAUCAGCAGCAAGGAGCUGGGCGCCAGCGUGGACGAGGUGGAGCAGCUGAUUCGUCGACACGAGGCCUUCCGGAAGGCGGCGGCCACCUGGGAGGAGCGCUUCAGCUCGCUACGGCGACUCACCACGGUGGAGAAGCUGAAGGCAGAGCAGUCCCAGCUCCCCCCCACCCCCCUGCUGGGCCGCAAGGUGUUCCUGGACCCCCAGGACGCCUCCCCCUCGCCCUCCCCCUCCCGCAGCGUAGGCUCCGCCCUCAUGAGGCAGACCAUCUACGAGCAGGCCGAGCCCCGCCCCGAGCGCCCGCCCCAGGAGCCCUCGCCCUCCUCUGUGGCUCGUCGCCUCGGCUCCACCGUGGCCAAUUACACGCCGGUGAUGAACGGCUCCUCCUACCGUCACCUGGAGCCUCGGCUCGUCGGCAUGGUGGGCUUGGCCGCCGGUCUCAGCGCCGCCUCCUCCUCCUCUGCCGCCGCCGGCAACGUCAUCAGCAACGUCGCCGUCAACGUCGCGUCCAACAUCCCCACGAUCGCCGUCGACGCCGUCGCCACGGUCACGGCGCCGGCGUCGGAGGCCAGGGCGUCCCCGUACCUGCGGCAGCCGAAGAUCAAACACAUCGACGACGUGGUGACGCCCCUGCUGGUGGCCGGACGACUGGAGAAGGCCCGGGAGAGGGAGCGGGAGAAGGAGAGGGAGGGAGAGCCAGGCAGAGAGAGGGAGGGAGAGAUGGUGAUGGCCGAGGUCGUGCUCCAGGAGCCCGGCAGAGAGAGGCUGAACAGCGAGCCCAGCCGAGGGGCCGCCAGGGCGGGCAGCAGCAGCUGGACGGACCCCCAGUCCCAGCCCCAGGGCAGGGAGGCCCGGCUGGAGCGCCAGCUGAGCAGCGAGCAGCUGAUCCAGGCCCGGAGGGACGAGCUGCCCCAGGAGGUGUGGCGGGAGCGGGCCGAGCGCCACGAGAGGCGCCUGGAGAGGCAGACGUCCAGCGAGCAGGAGGGCCACGCCCACGAGGGGCGCCGCCGCGACCGCCACCGCCUGGAGAGACAGGAGUCCAGCGAGCACGACACGGCCAAGGAGCACUCGGACCGGCGCUCUGCGGGAGGGGAGAAGAGGUCCACGCUGGCAGACAUCGUGGAGCAGCUGCAGGAGAGAGAGGCUGCCCAGGCCAGAGGUGAGGUUCCCCGCGUCCCUAACGGUGUACCAGAAAAGCCUUCCCGCCCCGAGCGCCCCCGCGCCAGGGACCGCCCCAAGCCCCGGCGCCGACCGCGCCCCAAGGAGCCGGCCGGCGGGGAGCCUCGUCGCUCCCGCUCCGCCCCGGCCCAGAGCAGCCCCCCGGUGCCCCUGGUCCCCUCACACACGGCCCACCACGAGGGCUUCCUCUUCCGCAAGCUGGACAUCGAGACUCUGAAAAAGAGUGCCAACAGAUCCUGGGUGAACUUGUACUGCGUCCUGAACAAGGGAGAGAUGGGCUUCUAUAAAGAUGCCAAGAACACCAGCACACCUUACAACAACGAGCCCCUGCUCAGCCUCAGCCACUGUGACUGCGACGUCACCAACGGAUACAAGAAGAAGAAGAACGUGUUCACGCUCAAAACACAAGAUGGCAGCGAGUUUUUGUUCCAUGCAAAGGAUGAGGAUGAUCUGAAAGCUUGGAUCACCAACAUCACCACUAGCAUCUCGGAGCACGAGCAGAUCGCCAAAUGGGGCCAGCCUCACCCUACUACCUCAUCCACGGACGAGGGCACACGGCGCGACGGCAGCAAAGCCGACAACAAAUCAGAGCGCGGCGGAGAGCGCUCCGACCGGGGCGAGCGCGCCGAAAAGACGGAGAAACCGGAGCGUUCGGAGAGGUCGGACAAGGGGGAGAGGUCGGACAACAAGCGGUCCGAAAAAUCCAGCAAGAAGAAAUGAGAAUUUGCGCGUUUGUUGUGUUUUGGGGUGCGUUGGAGGGGCAGGAGGGGAGGGAGGGGUUAGGGACUGAGGUGAACAGUGUAACACUCUGGAGCGUCCCUCUAAGCUCUCCCACAUCCCCCCCUAUCUCAGUGGAUUUGGUGUGAAGGGACAAAGGAUGACAAAGAUCUGGUGAAGGGAUGGAACGGACAAGGAGCGGGGGUCUGUCUGAGCCCCUUCGACCCUCCUGUCUCUCUCUCUCUCUUCCUCGACUUCUCUGCUGCUCUGUGGAGGCCCGACCUGCUGCCCCCCGGUGGAGAAACAGGAGCAUGUCAGGAAGCACAGCCUUCUGGUCAGGCGUGCGAAGGGAAGGGUGGUUUUCGCUGGUAGAUUGAAAAACGUAGCUCAUGAUGUUUCAUGUUUCUUUUUUAUAUGAGAUGAGCUGUAUCUGUAUGUAUCUCCUGUCUGUCUGUCCGCCUAUCUAACGUCCAGUCGUACAGUAUAUUCCCAGAUGAAAGAAAUAAGCCAAAAUGUUUUUAACUGACUGGCCUCUUGUUUUUGGAAAGAGAGAACAAGUUUUUUCUCAUUUCUUUUUUCUUCUUUUGAUAUUUCUGCUCGUUCACCCUCCAAUCCAGACCACACAUCUGGACUGAAGUCUGUUUCACUUCCUGGAUCUCGCCUGUUUUUCUUCUGCAAAAUGGUGUCAUCGACCAGCCCCUCCUCUCCGGAUCUGGGUUGACCAACACCGAGCCGCCCUGGUGUUCUGGGAGGAGGAGAGAGGGAGGAGAGUGGCUCAUCAUCCCGUCGGGCUGGUCCUGCAUCUACAACCAUCCCCUGCCAGGCUUCCACCUCCUCCAGACCUCCAAGCCCUGGAGCCCCUGGAGCCCCGGGCCAGAGCCCCAGCUCCAGAGAGACAUGGCAGGCUUCAUACCUCCAAACACCAGGCCUCCUCCUUUCUCCUUCCUGCCCGCUGCUUGUCUCCGCUCGCCCGUGGGACAUUCUCUCUCGUCAGAUCCCAUCAGCCACAUUGCUUUUUAUAAACCGUCGAAGGUGGUAGAUAAACGUGUGUGUAUGCCUGUUAGUCACGUGCGUGCCUGUGCGUGCGCGUGUGUCCUGCUGCUCUCCCAGGGUCUCCAUAGCUCAGGUUCUGUCUGUUGUCAUGCGCGCUCCUCAGAUCCCCCCUCAGUCUUCCACGCAUGGCUGGUAUGCUCACUCAUGCCACGCUCUUACACACACCCAAUCACAGGAGGGCACAGCCUCGGUCGUGACCCCCAGGGUCAGAGUUCAGGGGUCACACAGAGGUCACUGUCGAUCGACGGAUGUAAUAGAAAAAAAGUGUUUUGUCAGGAUAAAUGAAUGAAUUGCUGUGUGGAUGAGACGUGGAGUUGCAUGUCUUGCUUGGAGAAUCAUUUAUCCUGAGGGCUAACGCCCUAGAGGUAUUCUAUGUUGAGAUGUUGAGCGUUUUCUUUUCCGCGAGAACAUAUUUCUUUGUUCCUUUCCAAGCUUCAUACAGUGCUCCACAUGGAUCUGUCUGUCUGUCAUAGCGUCACAAAGCCAUAAAUGGUGUCAGGAAGUUCCACUUGCUAAUGAGAGAACCCUGUCAUUCUAAAAAGCUCUGUAUGUAACUGAGAUAGAUGUGAGGGGGGGUUCUGUGAAGGGACAGUACAGUGAAGGUGUCAUCAAAUGCGUUCAAUUUGAGUAGCUUUUUCUACCUUGUUUUUUUAAGAACACAUUUUAUGCAUCUAUAUAUAUAUAAAUAUAUAUAAUAGGCGUGAAUGCCAAAUUAAUGCAAUCCAUUAUUACGCAUGUUGGACACAAGGAUGGACAGAGGCUAUUUUUGAAUGAACAUACAUAACUAUCACAUGUAAUGUGGCAUAUAUCGUCCAGUAUACAAGACACUGCACACGGUCGGUUGGGCUACUGUUGGAGACCACUGAGACAACAGAACCGGGGUCCUGAAUUAAAGGGUGUGUAAACAACACGCUUCAUAGCGUGUAAUACAACACUGUGCAGUGGUGAAUACUAUCAAUAAACAAAUCCCUGUCUUCAAGAUAGGGGCCCACUGUGUAGUAAACUCACCACUACCUGUGUUAGCACCUGACUGCUCACAGCUCGGACAUCCAAGUCCCAACAACAAACUAAUGCUCAAUAAAGAAUGAUCUGGUUUCAAAUGGAUGUAUGUAAUUCUUUAGUUGUUGAAUCGAUAUGAUGGUUGAUGAUUAAUUCGAGUUUUGUUUUUUUGGCGGUCUGUGGUUUUUCGGGCGUUCUGCUCCUUCUCACAGGGUCGACACAAGCGAGCCGUCUGCUCCAAAGACCUGUCGCCAUGGUAGCAUCACUCAACAAUAUAACGUUCAUAUCUUUAACAUGAAUCUAUUUAUGUCUCCUGGUCUUCUGUCACCCAUGUUGCACUAACAGCCAUAUCGAUAUCACUCUGAACCGUCUGCAGUUUGAGGUUUUACAGAGCGGAAAGCCUUGAGAGGAAUGUGAAGACUGAGACUUUAUGCAACUUUUCCUUUGCACUAAGAGGCUUCCUGUGCCCCGGGGCUAGGGUGGAGGAACAGUGGUGCUUCAGGGUCUCAGAGGGAGUUCCAUUCAUGUCCACAGGUCAAUAAAGCGGUCAGUGAUUUAUCCAUAAGCCUGACACACAGAGGUGGGUUUGUCCAUGUUGUGGCCCCAAUCAAAACUCACUUUAGGGGCCCCUCCUUCACUUCCUGUCAUGAUCAUUUUAACGACACAGCAUCACUGGAGCGGUAGGAGUUCUUUUUCAUGCAGUGGCUGUUUCUAACGUCAUCGUCCAUCGUCUUGCCUGACACGCUGAGUUCUGUGUUGCAUGCAGAACGAUCCUCCUCAUCACCCAUCAUCUUAGACGCCAUCGAGACUGGAGGAGCUGGUUAACUGUUUACUGUUAGCCGUAACUUUACCUGUCUGUGGUUACGUUAUACUCCUGAAUCAAAAUCCUCCAUAAAUGUGUGUUGACUCAUUCUGUCGCUUAUAGCCACCAUUUCUUCCCAAUAGUUUUGAUAAACGGAUCAUCGUUUUUCCACGCUGGACAUUGUUGUCAUUUGUGAAGGUAUUGUCUAUAUAAUCUUGCCCUUUUUCAUGUUUUAGAUCAAAAAUCAGAUUAUAAUCUGAGUUGAUAGACCAAACACCAGCCAGGUGUCAUCAAUACAUAGAAAGCACAAUUUUAUAUCCUAAUGUACUGUGCAACUUCAACUUCAUAGUGACACUUGUAAGGAAUCACUGAUAUCACAAUGCUGAUGCAGAUGGUGUACACCAUACAAGAUAAAGUUGACUAUCAAGCAGUCAUAAUGCUUUAGCCAUGACAUCACAACAGAUUUUAUGGGCAUCACCUAAAGUAAAAGUUUCCCUGGACAAUUUAAGUAAAGUAACGCAGCCUGGACAAGCCAGAGACUAACAGACACAUAUUACUGUGAAUUGUGCUUUAUUUGAGAGAAUCAUGUCAUUGCUAUUUCCAUCCAGGAUGUCUGACUGAUCAGUGGGUCACAUGUCAGUGACUGACACCUCUCAUUGGUUCCCCAGCACUUUGACCCCUGACCCCAGAGCACCACUGUUUUUACUGGACCACAGUCUGUUCUACAGCUUGACGAACUGUACAAAAUGUAAUUGCUUAAAGUAUUUUCUGUAAAGAUUUUAAAAAGAAAAAAAGUUCUUUUUUCUGAUGUUAUAUUGGGAAAACCUCCUCUUUUUUUGGUUUUCAACAAACUUUAUUAACUCUCUAUUUUGUUUUGGGAAUGGGAGGGGUGGUUGUUCAUUUGUACAGACUGGAUGAAUCAGGCCGCUUCACCACAUCAGGUCAAAGAAGUUGCAUGAAUGACUUAGUCUCUAAUAUGAUACUGCAGUGCAUGUCUCACAGUCUCAUUACUCCGCUACAAGAUCACUGUCAAAUAUUGGGGUGCAACACAACCACAGUCCGAACAAAGAGAAAGGUGAAUGAAUGACUAAUAAUGUAU